AUGAAAAAUAUUAAUAGAAAGAAAAGAUCCGGUCGGCCAAAGAUUUUUAAUGAAUCAGAAAAUAAUAUUAUUAAGAGCAAAGUAAAUAAAAAUUUAAAAUUAAGUUCAAGAAAAUUAGCUAAAGAGUUUAAUGUACUAUUAAAUAAAGCAGUUACAUUAAGAACAUACAGAAACAUUUCAAAUGAUAACAAAUUGAUUAUUUAUAAACUGUAA